AUGCUGCUGACCUUCACCACAAACAAGUCUGCCAGAGCUUUUCUGAGUCAUGCUCUCCAUUCUGUGGGGUCACUGAUCCCAGAUCAGCCCUCUCCUCUUUUAUCGGGCCGACCCUCUCCGGAAAGAGCUGCUCACCCAGACGCCAGCUUGACGCCACUCGCAGCCACAGUAACCUCUCCAGCUCAGAGCAAGGACUUUGUGAAGCUGGUUGGUGGAUGCUUAACUGUCACACCGAAGAGCUAUACUUUCGGGAUAUUCUACGUCGUUUUCCGCAAGAACAGAAGAGGAGCACCACGCAUUGGCAGCAAGAUGAACAACCCCGUCUACUGGGCUCUGCUGAUCGGGAUGAGCGUCCUGCUGAUGGAACAAGUUAAGUCUGGCUCAAAACGCGACUUUGUGAGUGCGCCAGUUGAUGCCAGUGUAUAUUUGACAGCAGGGCGCACUUGGCACAGCGACAUCCCCGCGCGUAAAAAGCCAUUAGAAGAGUGCACUUGA